UCAAAGCAACCCCUGCCAUUCUAGGAGCGCGUUGUUCUCUUUAUAAAUAAACGCAGCAGCUCUGCAAAUAGUGUUCAUCUCCCCCAUUUACUAAACCAAUAUCUUCUCUUCUACUGCAGCUUCUCUAGCUUCCCAAAACUAGCCAUGCUCAUGGGCAGCUUGGGAAGUUGCAGGCCUGUCCUUGUGGUUUGCAUUGUUUUGAUCUUGUCUUUGAUCCGAGCAUCGGAAGUUGCAGGAGCUCCUAAGGGUCAUUUUUACAAAUGGGAAGUGGAGUACAUGUUCUGGUCUCCUGAUGGUGUAGAAAACGUUGUGAUGGGUAUAAACGGCAGGUUUCCAGGGCCGACGAUCAGAGCAAGAGCCGGUGAUAUCAUUCAUGUUGAGCUUCAUAACAAGCUCCACACUGAAGGUGUCGUCAUUCACUGGCAUGGAAUCAGACAGCUGGGGACACCAUGGGCUGAUGGGACUGCUGCUAUUUCACAGUGUGUUAUUAAUCCUGGUGAAACCUUUUCUUAUAGGUUCACUGUUGACAGGGCAGGAACAUACUUCUAUCAUGGACACUAUGGAAUGCAAAGAUCAGCAGGGCUAUAUGGGACUCUAGUAGUUGACGUGGCAGAAGGAGAGAAAGAACCAUUUCACUAUGCUGGUGAAUUCGACCUUCUAUUGAGUGAUUGGUGGCAUAAAAGUGUUCACCAGCAAGAAGUUGGUCUUUCCUCCAAUCCAUUACGUUGGAUUGGUGAAGCCCAGAGCUUGCUGAUCAAUGGGAGAGGCCAAUACAAUUGUUCUUUAUAUAGCAAAAACGCUCAAAACGAUUGCAAUAUAAAAGGUGGUGAGCAGUAUGCACCUUAUAUCCUCCAUGUGCUCCCAAACACUACUUACAGGAUCAGAAUUGCUAGUACAACUUCCCUUGCUUCUCUCAACUUUGCUAUUGGGGGUCACAAGAUGUUGGUGGUAGAAGCUGAUGGAAAUUAUGUUAUGCCAUUUAUGACCAACAGUUUGGACAUUUACUCAGGUGAGAGCUACUCAGUUCUAAUAACCACAAAUCAAAAACCCAACAACUACUGGAUUUCUGCUGGAGUAAUAGGAAGAGAACCCCAGACCAAUCAGGCCCUAACCAUAUUGAACUAUAAGCCAAUCUCUGCUUCAAAGUUACCUAAACUUCCCCCUCCGGCAACUCCUCAGUGGAAUGACACUGAUCGGAGCAAGGCAUUUUCUAACAAAGUUUUAGCUCACAUGAACACCCCAAAACCUCCGAAGAAUUACGACCGUCGAGUCAUCCUUCUCAACACUCAGAAUAAAUUGAAUGGCUUAACUAAGUGGGCAAUCAACAAUGUUUCCCUCUCAUUACCUGCCACUCCUUAUUUAGGCUCCAUGAGAUAUGGCCUUCACGGAGCAUUUGAUCAAGCAAACCCACCAGAGAACUACCCUCAAGAUUAUGAUCUGAUGAACCCACCAGUGAACCCUAACACCACAAUUGGAAAUGGGGUUUACAAGUUUGGUUUCAAGACCACAGUGGAUGUGAUUCUACAAAAUGCUAAUACAUUAAGCAAUGUUAGCGAGGUUCAUCCAUGGCAUUUGCAUGGCCAUGACUUCUGGGUCUUAGCAUAUGGAGAAGGGAAAUUUACAAACAAGGACGAGAAGAAAUUCAACUUGAAGAAUCCACCUUAUAAGAAUACUGCAGUGGUGUUUCCUCAUGGGUGGACUGCGCUGAGAUUCGUGGCUGAUAAUCCAGGAGUUUGGGCCUUCCACUGCCACAUUGAGCCCCAUUUGCAUAUGGGUAUGGGUGUGGUUUUCGCUGAGGGAAUUGAACGUCUCGGUGAGAUUCCUCAUCAGGCUCUUGCCUGUGGCUUGACUGGAACGAGUUUCAUGGAUACAAAUAAGCACUAGAGCCUAAAUAUUAGGAUUCUGCUUUUGGAUUAAAACUUGUUUACGUAGUUCAAGCUAAUGUAUGCCACUUGUUAUUUAUAUCUGAGUCUUAUCCGUAUCUUUUGUCAGUUGAUCUAUGAAAGAAAAUACAAGGAAGCUGUAGUAAUUUUAACAAAGUCAUUAUAAGAAGAUAAAAUUCUAUAUUUAUACUGAA